CCCCCCCUUCUAAGCAGAGAUGCUGCAGGAAAUGUACAUUGAGAGCGGCGGCAGAGUGUGAUUAGGCUCCUUCCCGGUUCCGUUCUGAUCUGCGCGUCAGGCUGGAUGGAGAGCAGGAGCGCGCAGAUGUCCCCAGGUAAGAGGAACGGCCUGAGCGGCGCGGUGACGUCUGACUCCGAGGGUCACGACAGCGGCCGGCCCCCCCGGUUUGUGUGGAGAGCGAGGCAGCCGCUGCUUCAGAGGGAGACAGAGGGGGGAAAGAAAGCGUCCUGAAACGUGGGCUGUUGUGUAAUCCCUCCCAGGGCCCCUUUGCUAUUUUUGUGCCUGGGUCCGCGCGUCACGGUUGGGUAUUUUCUCCGGUGACUCGCUGGCAUCUAUAGCUCUUCAGACGCACAGGAGCUGCGACACUGAUGGACUUGCUCCUCUGCUUUUGGAUGGUUUGUCGCCCAUGAGGAGAUCGGAGGAGCGGAGCUAUGAGGAAUGUCCCAUGUGACCGUGGAAAUGGGACGGGGGGGGCCGCUCCAAUGUCAGAUGACCCUUCCCUGCACUUCACUACAAUGCUAAUAUCUCCAGAGUUAUAUAACAGAUCUCAUCUUUGAAAAUCGAUCGCAAAGGAAGUAACAUUGGAUUCAUGGAGUCACUUGAAACUACUGCAGGGCUGAAAGGCUCCACAGAGGGUCACGACACGAAUGUUCUUCAGAACAAAUGCACAUCGGAGGCUGAACAGACCAAGAGGAGACCAUCGGCCGGUUCUGAAGGUAAAGUCUGGCACCACCAGCGUGGGGAAGCUCAAAGCGGAGUCACAUGUGGUUCAAAAGAAAUGCCUGACUCAGGGAAAUCUGUACAACUACAAGACCAGGUCCCCAAAGGCCAGGCCACCAGUCAUCACGAUCAUGAGGUACAUUCAGCACCGUCCAGUAAGCUGCUUUCUGCAGGAAGACAGAAGGUUGCAGCACAGCCUCUAGGAAAUGCAUCUCACAGGAAGUCCCCCGAAGUCCAGCAGCAGAGUUCUCCAUUGGGAACGGAUUCGCUCUUGGAGGCAACAUCCAGGGCCGAGCAGAAAGCACAAAAACCUGGGAAGUAUGUAUGCGAUUACUGUGGGCGGGCCUGUGCCAAACCCAGCGUGCUGAAGAAGCACAUUCGCUCCCACACCGGAGAACGGCCCUACCCCUGCGUCCCCUGUGGGUUCUCCUUCAAAACGAAAAGUAAUCUGUACAAGCACAGAAAGUCCCACGCUCACUCCCUCAAAGCUGGAACACUGUCGCUUUCAGAACUCGGUGCCUACGGUGUCAACACGGAUCAGGGGUCUUUCGAAGGGGAAGGAGAGGGAUUCUCUGAUGCAGAGCAGAGCACGGACACGGACGAGGACACCCUCAGUGACCCACUGCUGCUUCUGGACUCGCCAAUGGAGGGAUCUGAUUACACAGCAGUGAAAGUCCUGAAUCUCAUCGCUCAGAAAAAGGGAGCCACAUCAAUGUCACCCCAGGAGGGCUUAUCCCAACCCCAAGAAAUCAAUGCACCUCCAAUCCCAGCGGAGGCUGGCCGUGCAAUUCAGUCCUGCACUAUCAAACAAAGGCUUGCACUUCGACUUUCUGAAAAACGAAGCAGCGACUCUGAGAACAACCUGUCGCUCCCAAGCCAGUCAAGCAAAGGAAGCACUGACUCAGGGUACUUCUCUCGCUCUGAGAGCUCUGAACACCAGACAGGUCCUCCAAACGCAAAUGCAAAGUCCUAUCAGGAAAUCAUGUUUGGAAAGUGUUAUCGGCCAAGCCCCAAACAGACCUCAACUUUUGCUGCUUGUAGUUCCGAGUCAUGUCACGAGUACACUGAGAAGCUCUCAGAAAGAGGCGUCUCGCGAGUUUUCACCCAAGAAAAGGAGACUGUUGAGUCUAUCAAAAUAAACACAAAGUCACUGAUAAGAGACGAGGUGAAGGAGCUGCAGUUAGACCCUGAAAUGGGACCGCUCAUGAGAAGCAACUCUAUGCCAACAUCUUCAGCGGUUGGUCUGACGAUGCCACAAGCGCUCCGAGGCAGCCACUCGUUCGAUGAGAGAACAGGCACCGGGGGCAUGAGGAGACUUCAGCGGCAGGCUGCUUUUGAGACACACGAUGGCCACACGGAUGCUGACAACCACGGGAAGAUGGGGGAGGUUAGCGUUUCCCCCGUGGGGCUGGAAAUGGAAAACUACUCCCUCGUGGUGACCAGUAUGACCCAACAAAGACAUGCGGUGGAACUGGCAACACGGAAACGUCGCAAAGAAAAGAGGGAAGAGGAGGAAAUGCCGGGCCAAUAUGAAGGCCAUCAAGAGCAGUGUGAAGACAUGUUGGAGUCAACCAAAGACUAUGAUUUAAAACAAGCAGCAAUGGGCAUUAUUGCUCUAGGGAGAGGAUAUUCGGAGAGGUGUGACAUGGACCUUUCUGUCACCCCUGAAAUGUCAGCGCGAAAAACCUUAGGGAACGUCAUUUCUGUGAUUCAGCACACCAAUUCAAUAACCAAGCCUCACGUUGAGCAGUCAGAGUAUUUUAAAUAUCACGGUCCGAGAUCGGAGGGCAUCCCUUCGUAUCAGCUGAUGGAGGCAAGCGACUCUUUCGAGAUGGAAGGUGACGGCAGGUCAAGGCAGUCUGUCCAACUUGGACCCAAACUUAUUCGACAGUCCAACAUACAAGUACCAGAAAUCCGGGUCACCGUCGAGCCUGAUAGUCCAGAAAAAGCUCCAGAGGUGCAGGUGAAGGAACCAGAGAAGCACACAGAUGAGUUUCAGUGGCCUCAAAGGAGUGAAACUUUAGCACAAUUCCCUCCAGAAAAGCUCCCUCCAAAGAAGAAAAGGCUUCGCUUAGCAGAAAUUGAGCACUCCUCGGGCGAGUCUAGCUUCGAGUCUGCCUGCACCAGUCUUUCCCGCAGCCCGAGUCAGGACAGCAAUCUGUCUUACAGCUCCACUUUUUCCUUUGACAGGGAAGAGAACUUAAAGUCAGCCUCACCAGCCAGGCAAGAUGAAUUUGGCAAACCCCUGGAGCUCCUUGCUGUGCCCGGCAGUGGGCACUCCCUGUCUGUGCUCAGCCAGCGGCAACAGCACGAAAUGAGACGCUCUUCCUCUGAGCAAGCGCCAUGCAACUUGCGCAAAGACUUCCCAGAGGUUCGGAGUGUUUCAUUUGACUACGGCAGCCUUUCCCCAACGUCCAAAGUUAGACACACAGACGUCGGCGAAGUCAUUGAGAAAAGGAGGGUGAACUUGGUCCGACAAGAGUCCUUGAAUAUGGACACAGAGGUGCCACAAGCGCUCCCACAGUACCUAAGCACCACCUCUUCUCUGUUCCCAGCUGUUCUACCGCAUGCUUUGCCAAUGUUUUCCACCACAAAUGUGUUUCCCCAGCUGCCACAACCAAGCUUGUUGGUUCCCGUUCGAAUCCAGACCCAUGUGCCGUCCUUUGGCAGCAUCACGUACACCUCAGUAUCUCAGAUUGUUGACAAUAUGUAUGACAGCGUGAGAUCUGUUACUGCAAUUCUUCAGAGUCGGAGUUCACAGUUCUGUGGAAGUCCUGAUCCUCAUCAUGGACCGUCUCAGCCCAAACCUCUGGCAGUUCAAACUUUCAAUUCUGAAGCCCUUGAUUUAUCAUCAGCUAAGCUCAAAACGGGCUUCCCUCUGUCCCUGACCUCCAGAACCAUCUCUACCACCAACGCCUCCAGUGGAGGCGCAAGCAAACGUAUGCUGUCACCUGCCAGCAGUCUGGACAUGUUCAUUGAGGUCAAGCAGCAAAAACGGGUCAAGGAAGAGAGAAUGUUUGGGCAGAUUGUAGAGGAGCUGAGUGCUGUGGAGCUGGGAAAAUGCCAGUUAAGUGAGAAGAAGAGUUUAAAAAUGCAGACUGCACCAGCAGCUCCCGCUCAGGGGGAGUCAUGCAGGACUGCAUUUGUCGACCUUUAUCAAAAAGGGACGGAGGCCGUCGACCAAGGCGCGGAGGCCUCCUCCUCGCCUCCUCAUGUCUUUCUAUCAGUCAGCGAAGUGAAGGUGCAGAUGGAGACGGGAGCACAGCUGGUUUCCAGCCCAGACAUCCUGACCUCAGACACCAAGCAUCCUAGGCUCAUAUCUCACUUUCCAAGUCUUCGCACCACGACAGGUGUAAGCUGGUGUUAUCUCAACUUCACUAAGCCGAGCUGCUCUCACGCCGACACCGCUCUUUCCUCGGUUUAUGCUACAUGGUGCGCGAUUUCCCACAAUCCCAAUCCUCUGGAGCUAAGUACCAGCGCUGCUCUGGCUCUGCUGCAGUCCAGACAGAAGGGAGAAAAGGUCAUUUACACCAUGGCAGCCAUGUGCCCGCCCGGCACGGGGAAGCUCGUUUCAUCCCUCCUCUUAUGGAGGCAGAGCGCUGAACAGCUGCAGAGGAAACCAGAGCCCAAAGAAGUGGACAACGUCACCUUCGGGAAGAAAGCGAAAGACAUCAGCUGCAGAGCCAAAACCGCCAAGGAGGAGUGGAAAGACAGGGAGGCCUCCGCAAACCAGACAGCGCCAACACGGAUUAAGAUCUUUGAGGGAGGGUACAAGUCCAAUGAAGAGUAUGUGUAUGUCAGAGGCCGAGGGCGGGGAAAAUACAUUUGUGAGGAGUGCGGCAUCCGCUGCAAGAAGCCAAGCAUGCUCAAGAAACAUAUCCGGACCCACACAGACGUGCGACCGUACGUCUGCAGGGUCUGUAACUUUGCUUUCAAGACCAAAGGAAAUCUGACGAAACACAUGAAGUCAAAGGCUCACAUGAAGAAAUGCCUGGAACUUGGAGUGUCAGCAACGAUGGACGAGACGGAGAUCCAGGAACAUGACUCCAAGGCGGAGGUGGCAGCUACCACCAAACACCAGUUCUCCGACGCUGAAGACUCUGACAUCAUGGAUGAAGAAGCUGACGAAAUCGAAGAAGACGAAGAUGAGGAUGAGGACUACGAGGGAGAUUCCACUCCAAAAUUGCGCUCAAGAAGCACGAGUCCUCAACUGUGUGGAGCUACUCCUCUGUCAGUCACAUCUACAGCUACCGUCCACGGCUGCUCCCUCGCCUCUCUGUCAGGACCCGACACCGCACAACCCCCCCCCAGCAGAACAUCUGACCAUCCACGGGUCUCGACAUUUGACCACUCAGACAAAUCCAUGGAUGAAGACUCCCUAGCAGUCCUGUCUCCAGACCAAACCAACGCCCUCUUUGACCCUUACUCUUCAUGUCUACUGUCUCCUGGCUGGGAGUCUCCAAUCAGAGAACCAUCCCCUUCUCGCUUACGGUUUCCAUCCCCGAGGCGGGAGCUCCCCGCUCGAGGUCGUUCCUAUCCAAGAUGGGAUACAUCUCCACUGAGGCCCAAUUCACCCAGUUUCAAAUCCAUACAGCACCCCUCCCCAGUCUCACUGGAACGUUCCACUUCACCGGGAACUGAGUUGGUCGGAAAGCGGGAAUGCUCAGUGAGGGGCAGGCAGAGGGUGGUGCUUAGGGCGGUGUCCCCACGCAGAGGCUCUCACCAGCACAAAGGGGGCGGGGAUAAAACCAGACACCAGACAAAGCUGGAGAUGAGUCCACUACCAGGAGCCUUGGAUGUGGAAAUGGAUCAGAGGAGCAGCGCGGCCUCCACUCCUUCUGGAGCGUCCUCCUCUCAGCACCAGAACGUCCUCAGCCACCUCCCUCUCCACUCCCAGCAACAGGCCCACAGUUUGCUCCCGCUCGUUCCUGUGGGGGGGCUCCAGACGCUGCCCUCCCCCGGUACCGAGGCCACGCCCUCCCGGGAGCAGAGCCCCCAGAGCAGCGAGGGACAGCUCUGCAGCAGCCGGGAAGGAUCCGUCCACGGGCCCGAGGCAGUGGGGGAGGACGUUGGGGAGAGCCCCCCCGAGCUCGGGGUCAGGGACGGCAGGCAGGAGGAGGGCGUCCAAACCUGCUUGAAAGCCAUCGCCUCGUUGAAGAUCACCACAGAGGACCCUCAUUAAAUCCAGCCGCCGCGUGGUCUCGGUUUGUGUCGCCCUCCUGCGGCCCUACGGGGGCCGUCUCCGUCCCACCACAGGCAGCAGAGGAAGACUCCGUCUGGUUUGGAUGAAGAACGACGAGCUCUUCAGAGGACUGUGAAGCGGUGUAGAACCGCAAGGUGACGAAUCAUUUCUGGGUGCAGGUGCAAUAUUAUGCUAAUCUGCCUUUGUCUGACAUAGUAUGCGUACAAUUGCACAUAAAUGAUAUUUAUGGAACUUGUAAAAAUGUCUUUAACAUUUACUUCUUCUUAGAUGCAUACAGGCAGUGUAUGUUGCUGUGUGUGCUCUGAAAAUAGACUGUUGUUUGUGUAACCAUAUCAAGGUGUGAUGCAGUAGUCCGGUAACUCGAGGCUAUUUAUGAGGAGACAUGUCUGUGUUUAUGAAACAGUCCGACCAAAUCUGCAGUAGAUGCUUUCUGUGCUGUUUGGUGAUCAAGCGGCGAGGGUCUGUGCCUUGUGUUUCUUUGCUUCUGCGCCUCGUUUCCCUUCAUCUGGAAAAUGUUGGCUGUACGCAGACACGGCUGCACUUCCGCAAACACGGCUGCGGUUCCGCAGCCCGCUUUCAGCAGACACGGCUGCGCAUCCGGAGGCCGGUUUCUGCAAACACGGCUGCGCAUCCGGAGGCCGCUUUCCGCAGACACGGCUGCGCUUUCGGAGGAGUCUCAGAGGAAAGCGUUUUCUUUAUUGUUCCGUCAGCUCUGCUGGAGACAAAUGCAGCUUUUUCUUAAACUCAUUUUUUGUUGCAUUUUCUUAAUGUUGUGGUUUUUAUCCCGUUACAAAUGCAUGGAUUUGCUUUUGCACAAACAUAGAGGAAUAAUUAUGUAAUUAUGAAUACUGUAAGAUGUAUUUAUAUAUUAGAACGUAAGCACUUAUUGAUACUGGUAAACAUUUGACUACUAUUUAUAUGGUAUAUCUGUACUUAUGCAGCAGUGAGGCAGUUAUGCCGUCAACCACUCCGGCUUUUUGAUCUCCUUUGGCUUUGAUGGAAACGGCUUUCUUCUGCCUCGCUUUAGCCAGAUGACCAGAAGCAUUUUCAUGAACUGUAAAAGAUGCACUUUCAUCCGUUCGACUCGGUCAGACGAGGAAAAACUGCGCUCUCUGUGGUCGUGAUACAUUCCACGUGUUCUUCAUCGCGCGAAACUCGGUGCACAAAAAUCAGAGGGGCUACGAUGAUCCGCCGGUUCUUCACGCUUCGUCAUAACAUUUCCUGCAAGUAAUCUUACAGUAACUGCAUGAGUUAUUUAACUGUUAGAGUGCUUAGGCUCAAGAAGUAUGGAACUACUCACCAAAUGCAUUACUGUGUAAAUAUCUACAAAUAUAUGUGUAUUUUUAUGAUUUAAACUAUUUUUGCAGCCUUGAAUUCUGAAAACUUUUUAUGUGGAUUAUUUCUAUCUCUCAGAGGUAAAAUGUCUGCAGCUGUAAAAGGCAAAGGUUUAAUGAAGGAAUAGCACAGUGUUGAUCGUUUAAAAAGUGGUUUAAGAGUGGAAUGGAAAAGAAAAAAUGUCCUCACUCAUGUUUACAUUGAAGAGUUGAAAGGUGUUCUCCUCUGCAGACGAAGGCGUCUUCUCGUGGUCAUGAAACGCUGCAGACAGUGGCGUGAAGGGAAGCCCUUGCAUUUAUUAGCCCACACGUCUGAAAUGUACAGACGGCGUUUUCUUUGCUUCCUCAUGCGUGUCCAUGUUCAGCAAACUGCUUUGUGCCUCUGGUGUCUGUGGACGUUUGCUGUGAAAACACACCGAGGACGAAUCCGUUUGCCUCCCAGAGUUCAUUUCUUUGGAGGGAAUCAAACCCUCGCGUAGCCAAACUGUUGUUAAGGUAUCUGCAUCAAAGGCGAGGGGGACGGGGGACGGAGUGCCUCUUUUAUGCUACAAGGAAUUUAUUGUUUGGUGCUCUACUUUUUCAGAUUAAAAUCUAAACUGUUUUAAGAAAAAAAAACA